GGAAAACUCGCGAGAGCCCAUAGGGAGUAACGAUACUUCAUCAUGGCAGGCAAGUUGGUGUUAGAGGGGAAAAUAAGUAUUAUAAGCUUUCUUUUAGGACUGGGUGUUGUUAUAAUUCCCCUUAUUAGAACAUUCGCUGGACAUCUUGACUGGGUAUUCGACUAUCUCACUGGAGUGAGGGGGAAAAUAGCUAUUGCUGUGUACAUCGCUGUUAUCAAUGGCUUCUUGCUUAUCAUAUACAAGGGACCUCUAUAUAAGGUUGCUGUGCGAGCCUGCUUCCUUGGCUUUACUUUUGGGUGUGGCUUGAUCAUAAGCUUUUCCCAAACCACAUGGACACACUUUGGCUGGUACAUGUGCUCCUUGUCUUUCUUCCACUACUCCGAGUACCUGGUGACAGCCAUCAUUAACCCCCGCAGCCUGUCUCUGGACUCAUUCCUUCUCAACCACAGUGUGGAGUACACCGUGGCUGCUGUGUCCUCAUGGGUGGAGUUCACCAUAGAGAAGCUCACUGUCCCAGAGCUGAAGCAGCUGAGCUGGCUCAGCCUGGUGGGCCUGGUGAUGGUGCUGUGUGGGGACUUCCUGCGUAAGUCUGCCAUGCUGACAGCCGGCUCCAACUUCAACCACAUCGUCCAGAACGAGAAGGCCCAGAGCCACGUGCUGGUCACGGAUGGGGUCUAUGCCUUCUUCAGACACCCCUCCUACGUGGGAUGGUUCUACUGGAGCAUUGGCACACAGGUGAUGCUGUGCAACCCUGUCUGCAUCGCGGGCUAUACCAUGGCAAGCUGGCGCUUCUUCCGUGAACGGAUUGAGGAGGAGGAGCUUUCGCUCAUCCAUUUCUUUGCAGAGGACUACCUGGAGUACAAAAAGAAGGUGGGCACCGGCCUGCCGUUUAUUUCGGGCAUCCGCAUCAACAGCUCCUAGGUGUGAGAGAUGGAGUCCUGGAUGUAUGAAAAUGGCAGGCAGACAGACAGGCACUGUGAGGGGCAGCCCUGGUCAGCGUACUGUGGAUUAGCUCCUGUGGUUGCCCGCCCUGGGGUGCUUAGAGCUCACAGAGACUGACACCUAUGAGUGUUGUGAAGGGCUCCCAUCCCCAUACCACCCCCAAGGCCUGGGUAGACUCUCAAAAAGAAACCACACCCCCUCUUUUGUUUGGUUAAAUCAACUACUAGAGACUUGAGUUUUGUAUUUUUCUUUAAUCUCCAAUGUUCUGAUGUAUCUUAAGGCCAGGCACCACACCCUAAUAGGGUAUUCCCCCCCCUCCCCCCCCCACUUAAUCAUAUUACAAUCAACUUUUACCAGUUGAGUGUGGACACUAUAAUCUUUUUGUCUUUUUUUCUGAAAAAUUGUAUACAAAUAUGCAAAUAAGGUUAUACCAUUAAAUAUUUGCAUAUAACACAAACCAAUUUUUCUGGACACUGGAUGAAGUAAAAAUCAACCUAAAUAUUUUGGUUUUAUUUUGUUAAGACAUUCUAGGACCGAAUUUACAUACACAUCUGAUUGUGUCAUAAACAUAUCAACAAUUCCCAAUGUAUAAGUCUGGAGAAUACAUCUAAAGAUAACCACAGAAAAUAAGUUGGCGUUUGGGAAGAGUGUGAUUUCAGGAAAUGGCAGUAAGACAAGGACUGAAUUAAGACUACCUUAUACCCAAUCACCAUAUCUUCAAAGUAACAUUCUCUAAGAAAUUGACUUUUAAGCGAUGUGUGAUUUCAAUGUAGUGAGUGUUCAAAUUAGGAAUGUCCAUUUAAAAGUGGUUACAGUUCAUGACACUUUGAUGUUAGUAUGAUAAACUAACACAAAUAUUUUUAUAAACCUUUUGGAUAUUUUUUACUUUUUAAAAAUACUAAUAUUAAUUGACAAAUACCCCCCUCCCCCAAAACUCUAAAUUGCUAGGUUUGUGCAACAUUUUAGCCUGUGGUGCCUGGUCUUAAGUGGAUGCUGAAUUGAUUUUAGCUUUGGUUACUAAGUCAGAAGUGCUGUAAUGAGCCUGGUUGAGUUUCUUCUAUUCCUUGUUUGUCUGUCAUAUCACAGAGUCAUCAUUAUUAGGCCUCAGCGUUGACAUCAGAAUGGUUUUACACAAUAUUAGGGAUGCACAGUGUGACCCAAUUUGGUUGCAUAUGCAACAAAAUAUUUAACUGUGCGAACUGCAGUUUUAAUUUGGGAGUACCGGUACGGAAAGAAAGUAAAUUUUUAUAACAAUUAGUUGUAAUGGUAAGGCUUCGCUGUACAGUUGUUUCCUGGGUGCAGAUUCGUUAGUGUCAUGCUUGCACAGCAAAAAUCGCUUGUUUCUAAUACAAACAGUUUAAUACAAAUACUUUUGAGAUGGGGAAACCCCAUUGGAAUUGUAUUGUCGCCCAUGUGGCUUCAAUGGGGCCGCACGGUGCAUGCUGGGUCAUUCUGGGACAAGGUCAUUUCUAACAUUUCAGGUUGUGCACUUAAUGUUUUAAAGUUUGGAGCACCAGUUUUACCCAUUAUUUAUUUUUUAUGUAGAGCCGUGGAUGCUAAAUUUAUCAGCCCUCAUACAUGCAUUACAUGAACAAAAGUAUGUGGACACCUGCUUGUCGAACAUCUCAUUCAAAAUCAUGAGCACUAAUAUGGACUUGGUCUCCCCUUUGCUGCUAUAACAGCCACCACUCUUCUGGAAAAGCUUUCCACUAGAUGUUGGAACAUUGCUGUGGGGACUUUCUUCCAUUCAGCCACAAAAGCAUUAGUGUGGUCAGGCUAUUAAGCCUGGAUUGCAGUCGGCGUUCCAAUUCAUCCCAAACGUGUUCGAUGGGGUUGAGGUCAGGGCUCUGCAGCCACUUCUAUAUGGACCUUGCUUUGUGCAUUGGGGCGUAGUCAUUCUGAAACAGGAAAGGGCCUUCCCCAAACUGUUGACACAAAGUACAGAAUUGUCUAGAAUGUCAUUGUACUGUUUGCUGUAGCGUUAAGAUCUCCCUUCAGGGGAAAGGGGCCUUGCCCGAACCAUUAUUCCUCCUCCGCCAAACUUUACAGUUGGCACUAUGCAUUGGGGCAGGUAGCGUUCUCCUGGCAUCCGCCAAACCCAGAUUUGGAUUUCGGACUGCCAGAUGGUGAAGCAUGAUUCAUCACUCCAGAGAAUGCAUUUCCACUGCUCCAGAGUCCAAUGGCGGCGAGCUUUACACCACUCCAGCUGACACUUGGCAUUGCACAUGGUGGUCUUAGGCUUGUCUGCGGCUACUCAGCCAUUGAAACCCAUUUCAUGAUUCUCCCGACGAACAGUUAUUGUGCUGACGUUGCUUCCAGAGGCAGUUUGGAACUCGGUAGUGAGUGUUGCAACCCGAGAAACAGGCCAUUUAAAAAAUAUAUAUUAAAAAAAUUAUGUGCAAUGUGAUUCCGUACUCAGCGGUCCCUUUCUGUGAGCUUGUGUGGCCUACCACUUCGCGGUUGAGCCAUUGUUGCUCCUAGACAUUUCCACUAUACAAUAACAGCACUUAUUGUUGACCGGGGUACCUCUAGCGGGGCAGAAAUUUUAUGAACUGACUUGUUGUAAAGGUGGCAUCCUAUGAUGGUGCCACAUUGAAAGUCACUGAGCUCUUCAGUAAGGCCAUUCUACUGCCAAUAUUUGUCUAUGGAGAUUGCAUGGCUGUGUGCUCGAUUACAUUUUUAUUUUAUUUUUUAAACUGUCUGCAAUGGGUGUGGCUGAAUCCACUAAUUUGAAGAGGUGUCCACAUACACACACACAUACACGUGUGUGUGUGUGUUCUGUCCCAGUAAGAAACAUUUAUUUCUGAGUGACUUUGUUAUACAUUUACAAAAAUGCCCGAAAGUUACGGAAAUGGGGUCCCUUGCAUCAUGGUCUUUUCCCCUUAAGUUAUUUCGCUCUUUCAUAAAUUAUAAGAAAAAGGCCUUUUGAUGAAUGUCAAAGUUAUUAAAAUAAUGUAUGCUAUGAAAAUGUAUUGGUUUUAGGUAUCAGCCCAGACUUUCAAUAUUGAUUUAUCCUUACACAAAAUAAUGAUUUAUUUUAAAUUCACAUCCCAUGUCCACUCAGGAUCAAAAGGCUGCACAAUCACUAAUAUUUUGCUAAUUUGACAACCUGGGCAAGUUGCAGCCUGGUUCUCUGAUUCUUCCAAUCGGUACAGCGUAUCAAGUCAGAAAUGUCUACUUUUGUGAAUUUAUGAAAACAUAAUGAACACUGACAAUCCAUUCACUGUUCUAUUCCAGUGUGCUGUAAGUUUUAACAUUGAUCCUUGGUAUAUAAACUAUGAAUCAGGGGUGUUGUUUCUUCCAUAAGGUUUUAACUAUAGGGGCACCCACAUGGUACAGUCAUCUUUAAAAUGCACUCAAGACUGUUUCUCUUUCAACCACCACUUGAUCAUCACUCCACCUGUUAUUCAUUUGUAUUGAAACCAACCAAUAGAUGCAUUCCUAUGGCUAAGGGGUUCAGAGGAAAGGUUGUCUCCUUUGCGAUAAGCUCAACCCAGCACUGCUUCCUCCUGAACUACCGCUUGUCUCAGGUGAAAGGUUGCCUCUGCCCUCUACUCUGUAUGCCCAGACUGUAUGGAGUGUGUGUGUGUGAUUGAAAGAGAAUUCCUGAAAUUAGAACAGUCGAGCACUGUAACUGUAUGUUGCACAAGACAAGUGUGUGUGUGUUUAGUUUCUGAAAUGAGGACAGUCGAGCACUGUAAAAGUAAUGUGUAUUAGAUGAAUAAAGAUGAGAAGAUUAUCUGUAGAUUCAAUAAUAUAAGAGCACAUUGUUGGCUGCAGACGUACAACUGUUUACUGCUCCAAGCAUGAUCCAGCUGAGCUGAACAUGGAAAAAGCCAGUUGUUGCACUACAGUAUAACAAUACUACAGUUUAUUACAGGUAAUGUAAAUGUAUCAUGCAGAGAGAAUAUUUCUCUCUCUUGGCUGAUUACUUUUAUUCACUUGACUGAAAUGUUCUGAAUUGAUUGAACAACUUUGUCCUGUGAAAUAAAAUAAAAUUUAUCCUAAGAAAA